AGAUUUCAGUGUGGCAGACAUUAUAGGAUUGUCACUCGGGCCUUACAAGUCAAAGUUUGGCCAGACCUCAACAGGUGAUAGCGUUAAUUUCGGAUGUAUAUUUAAAACGAACACAUUUCCGUAUACCUGUCACUUUUUUUUUGUUUUUAAAGCCUCGUCUCCGUGACGGAAUGGAUUAUCAGUUGUUGUUUUUUUCCCAGCAUUCACUAUAAGCAUUAUGUGUUGAUAUGGUUUCUAUUAUAAUAUUCUUCUGUGAACGUCAUGAAGGGAGAGACAUUUUAUUGUGCUGCUAUAGUCUGAUAUAAAUAGAAUCAUAUUAAAUAUUCCAGCAAUCUUGUUUUAAAUCGAGUGUUCGUUAUUUCUUUAUUUGUUCAUUUUGUGUUUCUCGCCCCUGCUGCUCGCUUGGAAUAUUGGAUUUUGACAAGAAUUGUGGGCCUUGGUUCGCACCGGAGUUAUUGUUCCUCGAACAAAGGGACUGGGGUAAGCACAACAACAGAGGAAGGGGGGGUUGUGAGAACUGCUGGUGGUGAGAAAGUCUGGAAAAAAAAAACGGGGGGAGGUGGAUUUGAGAGAGAAUUAAAAAAGAAAAAAAAAGGAACCUGUAGAUCAGGAUUAUUGCUGGAGAGACUAAUUUGCCCCAUGUCACAUAAUUUGUCCAACUUCGAGAACGGGUUAUGCUGUGGGCUGUAUCCGGUACAGUUGUCAGUAUUUCUCUACCAGGUUAUGUUGUGAAACUCUAGACUUGGUGUGUGUUCGGAUACGACGGUCAGGAUAAAACUAAAAAAAAUUCUAGAUCUAGAACUUCUUAACAGAAGCUGGAAGCUGAAUAUUGAUAGUACGAGCAACAUUAUCAGAAGCACUACAAACCAAUUCUAAACGGACUCUGUGUGGCCUGGCUCGGUACUUGACCAGAGGGACCAGUUACAACUCACAAUACACAGACACAGCCUGAAGAUGCUUAGGCGGCACAAGAAAGUCAAACAGACCCAAGAGAAAAAAGAUAGCUCCAGGCUAUCACCGGAAGUGCUGUACAACCCGGUCAAUGAGACUGCCCACUGGAGUCAGGAAUCUUAUUCCUUGGACGGCCUGAAGGAGAAAUUCCAGUUUCCACAGAUAGUUCGAUGUGCCAACAAGCUCGUGCCUGGUGACAGCAAGAACCUGCCAGUCAACAUCUACGUUCCCAUGCUGCUGUUCACCGGAAGGACUGCUAGAAAGAUCCUAGCCAAACAUGUUGGCGUCGAGGCUAAAACACAGAGGCUGGUCGAGACAGAGGAUAGUAUUGUCAUACCAUCGGAUUACGAUGGUCACUUUCUACGCCUGGCGUCACGGACCACACACGACAAGUCGACAGUCCGGUCACUUCUUCACAUAGCCCACAGCGACAUUCCUGCCUUCGUCAACUUCAGCACCAUCGUUUCCUUUCCCACACCACCCAAGAACCCCAGCAGCAGUAGCAACUUGGACAGCACGGGGAGCCAGAUCAGCGUCAAGUCUGGACCUCAAGUCCUUUCAGACAAGGAGAUUGUCCACAAACCUGGCUGCGUUUUCGUUGUCCGUGGUGUGACCAAAGGUUUCGCCAAGAGCAAAAGAAGACUUCACGAGAUCUUGCUGCUACAGUGUACUGAUGAGUCUGGGCGUGACCUACUGAUUCCUACAGACCAGUCUGGCGAGUUUGUCGAGAUCCAAAUCCCGCCCAACGGAGACAACAAGCUCUCGGUUCUGCCUCAUCAGCUGAUUGCGGCCAAUCGCUACCCUUCUUUGGUGCGUUUCGUGUAUGGGCAGCACGCCCCACGCCUGUCCCCCACGUCCUUGAUGUUCACCUUGGUGGACACCUUCGAGGAAGAGUCGCUGAUUGCCUGCAUGCUGUACCCCAACCACGCCAUGAUGAUUGAACUUCCCAUGACCUCGAACUUGACCUUCCAAGUUGCGACCAACCGAGAUGAGGUGAUGGAGCUGGGUCUCCCCAGACACGCCUCCAUGGUUCUGGAAGAGAAGCGCGAGCAGUUCAUGAAGGACCUGAAGCUUAAGUGCAAGUUCCUGCAUCACGUGUCUCCAGGGAUGACCCCGACUGACGAGCUGGCCAGCGCCACCGUCAGGACCAGACAGUUCAUUAACGAAUCAUUUUUCUACGUGUAGGGUGGAGUAAAGGGUUAGGGGGCUGUAAGAGGGUUAAAAAAAAGGGCCUUUUCACUUGCUUGUCUUUGAUAUUUGUGGGCGGAGUAAUUUGAUGGCGGAGUAAUUUGUGGGCGGAGCAUAGACUGUUUGUAGUGAAGGUGGGUUUUAUGGGAACAAAUUAAUGGCCAAACUUAUUAUGGUUAAGGUAAAGCUAACUAUGGGUGGAGCUUUUGAUUGGCGAGGUUAAUUGUUGGUGGAGCUACUACUGAACCUUAGUGGGCGGAGUCAAAGGAUCAAGUUUAAUAAGCUCCUCUUUGGUCUUAAAAAGUGAUUUAAUAUACAAUCAAAUAUGAUUAAUGAGAACAAAAAUAUAUAUCAAUGUUAUUAUAUUUGUGUAUGGUUUAUUCGUCUGUAUUCAUUUUGUGUAUGUUCUAUUUGAGUUCCAUAACCCAGUAAACAAGAUUGUACAAAUAAGAUGCUAUCCAAACAAAAAUAGUUUAAACAGACCAAACUAUUUGCCACAUUCUUCUUGAUAGAUACUUCACCAAAGCGAUAUGAAAGACAUGUCACUUUUUUUUUAGCAGAAAACUUGUUCGAAUAGCACAUGUCAGAUGAAUGCCACGUGUCAUAUGACACCUGCUAACAAGGGUUACAAAUUGCGGGUCCCAAUUUAAUGGAUGCACCCCUCUUCUAAAUUUUUGUUUACAAUGAUAACUAUUACUAUUAUAUUUUUAUAUCAACAUUUAUUAUACAUUUAUUAUACAACAUAGUUAGGAAGCAACUCAAAUGCAACAGGUGUCAAUGGGUUAAUUAAAGCUACGUCAAUCGCACUAGACACUAAAUAUGUUAACUAAAUAUGUUAACCCUAUAAGUCUACAUCUUUUAAAAGCCUUGAGCCAUGACUGAUAGUGAUAUGCUAAAUGUAAAGCCAGGGGCCCCUGCCAGGUGCUUGACCCAAUCAGGAUCUGAUCGAUCAACAUGACAUUAUUUUAUAAUAACGUCUGACAUUUUAACGACAUAUUCCCACAUUCUAAUGACAAAUGACACAUGAGAUAAAGAUAUAUGACACGUGACAUGUGUUCAAAUGGCAUAUGACACGUUUUCUAAUGAUUUAUAACAUGCCUUAUAAUAACAUAUAGCAUUUGUUCUAAUGACAUCUAUAUGACAUAUGUUAAUGACAUAACUCAAACUCAGUACACACCUUCAAGCUACACUAGGCACUUUUUCAAAUGACACUUCUUUACAAAAAGUGAAAGUGAGAACUGUUGAAAUGACACUUUCAGGUGAAACAUAAAUGCCACUGAUGUAGUUUUGUUUUUUUUCAAUGCCAAUCAAUACGGCAAGACUGUCUCUACAAACAUUUUUUAGCCACUACAGGGUAAAUCAUAUGGUGUAACAAAUCCUUAUAACUUUCAACGACUAUCAAUCAUAGAGACAAUCUUAAGAUUUCAGAAAGUAGACUGAGCUGUGUAUCUGUCUAUAAUUAGGCCUGAUUUUUCACAGAUUCAUGUAUACACUAUAUUAUGUACAGAAAGAUAUGCUCAAAAAAGUGAUAUAUAUUUGUAUAUAUUGGUUUCAGACAAUGGACUUUGAGUUAUUUUAUCAUUUACUUGUCCCCUUUAUUUGUAUAAGAUAAAUUUUAUUAUAAAAAAAAAAGAUAUAAGCUGUAUGUUGGUGCCAUAAGCGUUCGAUGGGAGGCAGAGCCAGAAAAUAUCACAGAGGAACUGUAUAUUGGCUUCCAUAUAGUACAUCGUCUAUCAUUCUAGACGAGUUUAUUUGACCUAUAUACUCAUUUGUUAUCAAUUUAAAAUAACUUUGCAGAAAUGGCAAAAUGUUGUUCCAUACCAACGUCAUGUCGUUUGUCCACAUGUAUUGUGGUCUUGCAAUCAACAGACGAAGUAGAAAACGAGGGUCAUUCAAAUAUUGACCAACAUAAUUGAUAGUUAAUUUACCCUUCAAGAAUUAUAACAAACAUUGAAUUCACAUUACCUUUUUAUUGCAAUAAUAAGAUAUGCAAGGACGAUAACAAUGUUUCUGUUAACAUUUCUUUUCUCGAAGAAUUAUCUCCCUUGUGUUACGAUUACCCUUUAGCCUAUAAAACGUUGUUAUUGUUUUUUUCAGAAUACAAUGUACAUUAAGAUUCAGGGCUAUCGUUCUCCAACUGUACAAGUUACUGUUACUAUUCAUGUAGUGUACAAUUAUUAUUUAGAUGUUAAAAUUUGAUUUUCAUUAGAUAUUUUAAUAAUAACUUUGUUAAAUUUGCAUAUCAGUAUUUAAAUAUUAUUUCAUAUGUAAGAAUAUUCUGAAAUGCAUAACCAUUGAGCACUAGCUAACGUAACAAUGCAUAUGUAUCUAUAACGAUUCUGUUAUAGUCGAGACAGCUACUAUAACAAUACAUACACAUAACGAUUUUGUUAUAGUUGAGACAGUCGUUAUUCCAAUGUAAUUAAUCAUUUUUUUUUUUAAAUCAAGACCAAAAAAGAAUAAUUUUGUUUUGGCAUUUUUGUUUCCAAAAAGUUUAAAAUCGAAUUGAUUUUUUGUUGUGUUCAAUAAAUGCAACACUUAAAACCUACCCUCGUGUAGUGAGAUUUGUGUUGCCUGACAAUCUAA